AUGCUGCUAUCACGAACUGCCUACCGCGCUGCCCUCCUCCACUUGACCGUCAACCCAAUUCUCGCCCGUGCCGCUAUCCCUAGUGCCGGCGCCCUGAAAACCGUCUCCCAUUUCCCAACUUCGAACUCGCGACUAUACAACAUCCUCUACCCCCAGUGCUCGCCUCUCAACUCCACCUUUGAACAAAGUCGCCAGGCUCACACAAUGUCUUCAUCAAACACCGAGGCCCCGAAGCAGGACUCUACUCAGUCCCAGUCAGAUGACCAGGUCUCCCCUCCCUCAGAACAACUCUACCUCCCCUCCAGCGACUCCGGCGAUCAACCACAACGGCUUGACCUCAGUGCCGAAGGCGGUUCUACAGUCACCCUGAACCAUCUGGGACCGAUGGUUGUUAAUGUUGAUGGAACGCUUGCGCGGAUUGGAAACUGGGAUGAGAUGACGGAGAUUGAGCGUCAGAACACCCUCCGGAUCUUGGGCAAGCGGAAUAAGCAGCGACUCGAUGCGCUGAAGGCUGCAGAGGCCGAGAAAGAGCAAAAGCAAUAG